AGGGUGUUUCAGCUUAGUUUUCCUCGGGGAUGAUUCCUAAAACCGUGAGCGUGCGUAAGAUACUCUGCAGGGGUAUCUUGAUGAUGUUGGCCAUGGUUGUUGUUGUGGAGGGUUGGGAUAUAGAUGGUCAUGAAGCAGUGGGGAUGGUGGCAAUGUCGGCGUUGGAUAGUAGAGCUUCUAAUCAGUUGAAGAGGCUCCUUCAAGGGAAGGAUGCUGUGGAGGACGCAGGAUGGGCUCAUAAGGCUGAAUCGUCCAUCCCAUGGUCGACGCGACUCCAUUUCUUAUCACAACCCGAACCCUUCUCAAACACUUUGGUGGUCAACGAAAUCACCUGUCCUCAAGGCCAGUGCUUAUUAGAAGCUUUGAAGCUCUUCUACGAUCAAGCUAAGGGGGAUACGUCUAAGAUCUCGCAGAAAGAUAGAUUGAUGAUGUCAUCGGCGAGGUUGCCGGUACAAGUCACAGACGCUGAUGCGGUCCGAUUUCUGAUAAAUUUGAUAGGAGACAUGCAUCAACCACUCCAUGAGGGAUUCCAGACUGAUGAUUUCGGGAAGCAGACUAUCGUUAAGUUGCCGGGUGGAUCUACGUUGUCUUUAUAUGAAUUGUGGGAUCACGAAAUCAUUCAAGAAACGAUAAAGAAUCAUCCGCAGUUUUGGUGGAGUGGAUGGACUCAUAUACAGCGGGCGAAUCCUGAUACAUACAAUGCGGAUAAGAAAUUAUGGCAAGAGAAUAAUAAAGCAGCUCUUGAAAAGUGGUGUAACGACAACGCGGAGUUUGCAAAUAAAUUCAUCUACACCAACCCGUUGAGCAAUGAGCGUCUGCCGAUUGGCAGUGGUUCUCCCAUCAACGUGGAUGCGGCUGUGUUGGAGAAAUGGCGGCAAUUAUUAAUACAGCAGAUCCUACUCGCUGGCUCGAGGACUGCUAUCGUGUUGAAUGACAUUCUCGAAUCGAGUGCUGCUCCUGGGUUGAGAUCGGGUAGUAUCGUGUCACCACCGCCGGUGAAUGACAUCGAAAUUGACGAUGUUGAAUUUGGAGAUCAGCCAGCUCGAAGGAUGCGAAAGUUGGACACUAAAUCGGACAUUCUACUGCAGCUUGCCGUCCUCGCGGUGGUCGUUGUUAUAGCUAUGGGAGUUUACUUUGCAUUUGUGAUGAUAUCGAAAAGGAAGGGGACAGUCGGGGAGUCCGGUGGGCUCAAGUUGCCGACGGUUAUGCAGGGUAAAAAACAGAUGAUUGAUUGAAGUGGAAUUUUUGUGGCGAAAAUCUUCGCGGUGCGGUUGUAGGGAUAUCUUUACUGCUGUUAU